AUGUGGAGGGCAAACAAGAAAGCCUGGACAACCAGGCAGUUCUUCACGGAGUGGUUUGUGGAGGUGUUUGCACCUGCAGUGAAGACAUACCUAAUAGAGAAGAAUCUACCACUCAAGGCCCUCCUGUUGAUGGACAAUGCCCCUACACACCCUCCAGGCGUGGAAGAAUUGGAGGUCACUCUGAGGGAGUUUUGGAAGAAUCACUUCAAUAUCCUCCACUGCCUAAGGCUUAUAGAUAAAGCCUGGGGUCAAGUUUCUGUGAGGUCCUUGCAGUCUGCCAGGAAAAAUCUGUGGCCGACCUGUGUGACAGCCAAGGAUUUUGAGGGAUUCGAGCCUUCAGUCCAGGAGUCUGCUGUGGUGGAGGACAUUGUGUCUCUGGAGAGGGCCAUAGGCAUUGAGGUGGACAGUGAUGAUGUGGAGGAGCUGGUGCAAGCACACUCUGAAGACCUCACCACUGACGAGCUGCGUCAACUUCACCAGGAACAGCUGCAGGAGGUGACUGAGGAGCUGUCUUCAGGCGAGGACGAGGGGAACAGCAAGGAAAGAGUCUCCACUGCAGAGAUCAAGAAAUAUUUGCGUCAGUGGACAGAGUUGGGAAACUUUUUGGAGAGGUGCCACCCUGAUAUUGCUGCCAUACACAGAAACAUAAACCAGUUUGAUGAAAAUCUGAUGCAGAAUUUCAGACACAUUUUGAAAAAAAGGCAAAGGCAGAUCACAUUAGACAGAUUCUUGUUGAAAAAGGAAUCUAGUGAGAGUGCAAGUGUUAGUGAGCCACAGCCCUCCACUAGUGGGUUCACAGGAAUCACACCAGGAGACGAGUUACCAGACGGUGGCUCGUCCUCCGAGGAAUAA